AUGCAACAAUUUCCUCAAAUAUUUCCUUGGCUGGAAUUAUCUACUCAAUUUGUUCGUAAAAUUACUUUUUUUGUUAAUGGACAGUCAAAAUUGGAACAAAAUGGGACGAGAGCUUUGGCUUUGGAAAUGCUUUUGGCUAUUUCUGAACACUGUGAACAUUUAACAGAAUGUCUAAAAUCAGAAAUGCCUGUAAAUUUAUUAAUUAGACAUUUGGACAAUACAAACGAAAGAGUGAUGAUUAGUUCAAUUUCUUUAAUUAAUUCAGUUUAUGGAUUGGCUGAUCGAGAGGAAAGGAUAAAUAUUGUUAAGGUUUUUAUUUUAAAUUUUUUUGGAAAUAUUUUUUGA